GGGCGGGCUGGGUCGGGCCGUGGGACCGGAGCUGGGCCUGAGCUCAGCUAGAGCACCGAUAGCUGUCUUCCUAUGUCGCGGCCGGGCGAGGGCCGGUAGGAGGAGUCGGUACCUGCACUGUGGCCAUGUCUGUGUCCGCAAAGGACCGGGGCCCCGCAAACCUUCGCCCUCUGGCCAAAGCCGGUCGGACACCCAUGUCUCCCCGGGGGUCUGGCAGAGGACAGUGACUGGCACUCCCCGGUACGCCCGGUGUUCCCCCCAAAGAAAUAGGAGAGCCCAAAGUAUGGCUGCUGAUGUGCAGAGGAAGAGAAGCAGUGACUGCCCUGAUGGCAUGUUGGCUCCUUCCGAUGGACAGAGUGUGGAAAGAGCCGAGAGCCCCACGCCAGGACUGGCCCAGGGGAUGGAGCCAGGUGCUGGGCAGGAGGGUGCCAUGUUUGUCCAUGCCUAUUCCUAUGAAGACCUGAAUGAGUCAGAGGAUGGACCAGCUUCCGGUGACAGCUCCAAGGAGGGUGCUGGGAGUCCCCCGCCACUGCCCACUGACAUGCGUCAGAUCAGCCAGGACUUCAGUGAGCUAAGUACCCAGCUGACAGGCGUGGCCCGUGACCUGCAGGAGGAGAUGCUGCCUGGAAGCUCUGAGGACUGGCCAGGACCCCCUGGUACAACCAGUCGUCCAGCUAAAGAGCCUCCAGAGGAUGGCACAAGUGAAGGGGAUGAACAGGAUGCCACAGAGGCAUGGCGCCUGCAUCAGAAGCACGUCUUCGUGCUGAGUGAAGCAGGGAAGCCGGUUUACUCCCGCCAUGGCUCUGAGGAAGCACUUUCCAGCACCAUGGGUGUCAUGGUGGCCCUAGUUUCCUUCCUGGAGGCAGACAAGAAUGCCAUCCGUUCCAUUCAUGCAGAUGGCUACAAGGUGGUGUUCGUCCGCCGGAGCCCACUGGUGCUGGUGGCAGUGGCACGUACGCGGCAGUCGGCACAAGAGCUAGCACAAGAGCUGCUCUACAUCUACUAUCAGAUCCUGAGCCUUCUCACGGGUGCACAGCUGAGCCACAUCUUCCAGCAGAAGCAGAACUACGAUCUACGGCGCCUGCUUUCGGGCUCAGAGCGCAUCACCGACAACCUGCUGCAGCUCAUGGCGCGAGACCCCAGCUUUCUGAUGGGGGCGGCGAGGUGUCUGCCCCUGGCCGCGGCUGUGCGGGACGCCGUGAGUGCCAGCCUGCAGCAGGCGCGUGUGCGCAGCCUGGUCUUCUCCAUCUUGGUGGCCCACAAUCAACUUGUAGCGCUCGUGCGCCGCAAGGACCAAUUCUUGCAUCCCAUUGAUCUGCACCUACUCUUCAACCUCAUCAGUUCCUCCUCGUCCUUCCGUGAGGGUGAGGCGUGGACACCAGUGUGCCUGCCCAAGUUCAACGCGGCAGGCUUCUUUCAUGCACACAUCUCAUACUUGGAGCCCGACACUGACCUCUGCCUGCUGCUCAUCUCCACGGACCGAGAGGACUUCUUUGCUGUCUCUGACUGCCGCCGGCGCUUUCAGGAACGCCUUCGCAAGCGCGGAGCCCACCUGAUGCUGCGGGAUGCACUGCGCACACCUUGCUACAGCGUUGCCCAAGUGGGCAUCCCUGACCUGCGCCACUUCCUCUAUAAGUCCAAGAGUUCAGGACUCUUCACCAGUCCUGAGAUUGAGGCCCCAUACACCAGUGAAGAGGAACAGGAGCGACUACUAGGGCUCUACCAGUACCUGCACAGCCGAGCCCACAAUGCUUCCCGCCCACUCAAGACCAUCUACUACACAGGCCCCAACGAGAACCUCCUAGCCUGGGUGACAGGCGCCUUUGAGCUCUACAUGUGCUACAGCCCUCUGGGGACUAAGGCAUCAGCUGUCAGUGCCAUCCAUAAGCUGAUGCGCUGGAUCCGUAAGGAGGAAGACCGCCUCUUCAUCCUCACGCCCCUCACCUACUGAUGGGAAUGUGUACAGACUCAGCCCUCCCAGGACCACUGAGCAUGGGAAGCUGUGGGAGCCUCAAGGUGGGGCUGGCUUUCCUGCCUAGCCAACAGUCAAGGACUGUGGGUUACUGUGCAUUAAAGUGCUUUGGAGAAGAUA